AUGACAACAGUGGAAUAUGGCGGAGGUGCAAAUUUGCAACAGAGGAAGGAAUUUUGCGAAUUGGAUGACGGAGCCAAAAUACCUGGUUACAAAGGGUACUGUCCUUCGCUUAAGUUCACAUUCGGGAAGACCUUUGCAAAGAGUACCAGAGAUAUCAGUAGCGAAAAUAAAAAAGAUUACAACAACAACAACAACAACAACAACGCCAAUGUCUACUCCAGAAUGACAGCAAAACAACAACAACAACUGCUUCACCCAAAUGUACCUGAAAACAACGGAAGGAACAAAUACAGCAAAGAUAUGGUAUCCGGAUACACGGGUUUCAUUCCCAAGUGUUCGACGAAGUUCGGCAAAACAUACAGAGAGGAGUGCGAAAAAUGUUUCAGCGAGCACUUCCACGAUCUGGAACUGUAUAAGGACAGACGGAACAGGAAUAAGAUGACAUCCCAGCAAACUUCGGGACUGCAGGCCUCUCAUAGGAAAAAUAAAGAAGAAAUUUUGAGAUCUAUAAACGAGUACACUGAUAGUCUCACUUUCAAUGGUGCAAAGAAACCAUUGAUUGAAGCACCGAUUAUCGGCUACACAGGAUUCGUUCCCAAAAAGAACACGACGGAGUUGGGAUUGGGAGCAUCCUACGGAAGAGCUGCUGAAAAAAGUUUGGAAAAGUUCGAUCUGGAAACUAACGCGUACAAGAAUAAGAUUGCAUUCCUGGAAAACAACGUGACGUGCUGUUGCAGAUACAAAUGA